AAUUAACAUGGGAGAUGGCCAUAGGCUAUAGUUACUUUUUUGGUUUGAUAUUUGAAUAACGUUUGUUUGUGUAACAUUGAGGCCAUUGGCAAAGCCAAUCAAAAUUGUUUUUUUAAACAAAAAAGUUGUUAAGCUGAAUUUAAUUUCGGUUCAGAUCUAACUAUUUAAAAAUCGUGGCAGUUUUCACGGACACGUUCCAAUAUCCUUUACGUGUCGGGACGAACAAAAAUAGAUUUCGCCAGGCUUCGCUCGGACUAAACAAUGUUAGAAAAAGAGAAACGAAACAACACCAAAAAUAAAAAUAAAAUCACAAAAGAAUUUUUUUUUUACAGACCAUGCAUUCAGUUGAGUUGCUCGCGGGAAACCUGAUCAGUAUUUGGGCGACAGCGAACAAACCAACAUCGUACCAUUAAAGUAUUUUUGAUCCGGAUUGAUGCUGAAUAGCUUGUGAAAAGAAAAUGUUAGCGGAGAAUACUAAAAAGUGGCCAAGGCAAUCCAAUAAAGAAGAAGAAAAGGCGACUGACGAGUACAUCAUAGUACCGCCGGAUGGAGGAUAUGGGUGGGUCGUCACGGUGGCCAGUUUUUUGUGCAUUCUAAUUUCAGAUGGCAUACUCUAUUGCUUCGGAUUGAUCAUCUCUGAGGUGGAACGUGUUUUUGACGAACCUGUUGCGAAAGCCGCUUGGAUAUUUUCCAUUUUCAACGCGAUAUCAUAUUUCUCAGGCCCCGUAGCCUCUGCAUUGAGCAACCGGUUCGGUUUUCGUGUCGUCGUCAUAACGGGCAGUUUAUUUGGUUUCGUCGGUCUCCUGACUUCUGCAUUCGCUCAAUCGGUGGAAAAUUUGUUUUUCACUCUUGGUCUUCUUUUUGGAUUUGCAAUUUGUUUGGUGUUCACUCCAAUAAUCGUCAACAUCAGCUUUUAUUUCGACAAAAAGCGUGCUCUGGCUACCGGAAUCGCCAUCUGCGGCUCUGGAGCCGGCACUUUUGUCUUUGCACCUGUUGUUAAUUGGCUAUUAAAAACUUAUGCACUCAGAGGGACAUUUCUCAUUCUGAGUGGGAUUUAUUUGAACUGUGGAGUUUUUGGAGCAUUACUCAUACCGCUGAAAUCUCAACGGCGCAACAAGGUGCGAUCAGAAACAGUUACACUGUUAGAGCAAAAAGAUAUCGAAACAUUGAUGUUCGAGAAAUCUCUGAUUACAAAAGAAAUUGAAUUUAAUUCCAGAAAUAAUCUAAACUUUUUUGAAGAAGAAAAAGUGGACAGCAAAACAAAGAGGGAAAAUGUUAAUCAAAAAUAUUUUUCAAACUUUUCCAAGUUGUUCAAAUUUUCGCUGUUUCGAUCUCCGACUUUUGUUGUCAUUUGCGUUUCUAGUUUCUUCCAAUCUUUCGGAUGGUUAGUUCCUUUCAUGUAUCUGGCAGCUCAUGCGGUUAACAUGGGAAUACCAAACGAGAAGGCGUCGUUUCUUCUAUCGAUUGUGGGAAUCUGUAAUAUGAUGGGACGCAUUAUCAACGGAUGGCUUUCUGACCAUCCUAAGGUUAGCGUGCUCUUUCUCAAUAAUGUGGGUUUGACAGUCUCCGGUUUGUUGAUUGUGGUUUGCCCAUUGUGCAUCUCGUAUUAUCAACUUCUUAUUUUCUCCAUAGCACUUGGCUUAUUUACCUCCUGCACCGCUGUAACGCGACCGAUUUUACUUGGGGAAUAUUUAGGGUUGGAAAAUGUAAACAACGCUUACGGGUUCAUGCUCGUUUUUUACGGUGUCGCAACCCUCUUCGGAACUCCUAUGGCCGGUUUACUAUAUGACACUUUGGGUGAUUAUCAUGGAGCUUUUUAUCUUGCCGGAUCUUCCAUUCUUCUGUCUGCGUUUGUAUGUUAUCCGCUAGGCAAAAUUAACCACUGGGAGAAGAAAUAACUUUUCAAUAUUAGAAUGUUAAUUACUUUUCCACUUCGUGUUUUUUUUUUCGAUAUAAUUUGAAGAUAAAUGGCUAAGAUAUGUAAAUUUGGAAUAAUUUUAAUUGUUACUUAAAACUUUUAUUCAAAGAUUGCAAUCAUUAGAUAAAUAGCCGAAUAAGAUAAGCAACCAAAUGUAUUUUAAAUAAGGCGAGAAUCUUAUUAUACGACAGUGAAACAAAAACUUAAAGCACAGUGCCAACUAAUUACUGCAAAUUUUUGGUUCUACGCUAGCGGCUAGACACUUGC